AGGGAAAGCAGAGCAGCUGAAAGUUCGUCACUGACACUUUGUGGAAACUUUAGUUCUGUCAGGUGAAAUGUCGAACACCGGGAGCUCCGCGGCCGGAGACGGCAUGUACUCCAAGCUGAUAGACGACGAGGCCGCAUACGGAGAGCUGAACAUCAGGCCAGAUGUGGGACACAGUGUUCACCCGGUGUCCUCAGCCAGAGCGAUCCCCCGGCCUAGCGGCCCCGGGCCCUACCGCCUCGCCACCAUCUGUCUGGCUACGCUGUGCGCCGUCCUGCUCAUCUCCAUCAUCGCCGUCACCGCAAACAAUAAGAACAAAACUCAGGACAGCGGUGAAGCGACGUCAGAGGUGCAGAAGCAGACGCAGGACACGAACGUGACGGCUCUGAUGGCCUCCAUCAGAAAACUGCAGCAAGAGAAGAAACAGCUGCAGCAAGAAAAGGACGAGCUGCUGGUCAGACUGGCUGUCAGGAAGACCACCAAAGCUCCAAAUGUGAUCAAACCGACACCACAGGCGACUCAGGCUCCCAUCGUCUGCCCCUUUGACUGGCAUCUCUUCAACAGCAGCUGUUACUUCAUCUCCAGGAACACCAGGGACUGGCCGGAGAGCAAGUCGUUCUGUGAAAGCAAAGGAGCUCAUCUGGCCAUCAUCCACACGGCCGAAGAGCAGACAUUUCUGUGGAACCUUCUUCCCAGAGGACACUGGAACGCCUACUGGUUUGGGAUCACUGACGGACACACGGAGGAUGAGUGGAAAUGGGUCGACGGCACACCGCUGGUCGGAGGGUAGGUUCACUUCUUUUCCACCUUUUUUAUUUUUUGCAGGAGUUCGACACCAGUGAAACGUAAUGCAAUGUAACCCUCUGAACUCCAAGCUGUUUCUGGGCCUUUUUUGCUUCUGGUGCAUUUUUCCUCACUGUGGGCUCAUUUUUCACUGCAGUAUAAAGUCCUACACCUCUA